AUGCGAGUCUGGGAGUGCGACAAGAAGAUGGAGAGACCAAAGAAGCAAGUGAUACUUUUCCAUUGUGUGGAAGCUGAAGAUUUGGCAUGCAAGGAAAGAUUUUACUUCAAUGAUACUGUAUUGCCUGUGUUUGAGAGUGGAAUCCCACUUUUGAAGCAACGGCUUCAGCAACUUCCAGAGUUAGAUAAGAUCAUCAUUGCAUUUUUUUAUGACGGAGCUUGGAAAAGAUUCCACAAGCUGUUCGAUCAUUUUCCUAUGGUCAUCUGCAACAAGGUUCGGGAAGGAGACAAGAGAAUAGUCAGAAUAAAGGAGGGUAACCCUGCGGGCUGCCAUGUUGUUAUCGUUGAUGACUUGGUGCAAUCUGGUGGCACCUUAAUUGAAUGUCAGGUUUUGCUUCUUGCCUUCUCCUUUUAUGUAUUUUAUUUUUGUUGA